AUGUACGAGGAAGCGUGGUAUAGCUUUGUGCCAGACAUUUCGGCCAGGAAGCCGGCCACCAGCAGCCAGCCCUCAGUUCACCGCCGCAAGGAGUCGCUGUUGCUACAGCCAAAUGGCGUCGACAAAGCCGACGAAGAACCUGAGCAGCUCGACGAUGUAUUCGAGGAAAUCGAAGACACCAACACUCCGCCAGAAGCCACGCUGACGAAGCGAGCGGCAUCCUACUCCGACUUCUACCACGUCGUCAAGACACAGUUGGCCAAAGAUGGACUCGGGCACAGGACGAGCAAGGGAAGCAAGAGGGAUAGGAGCUGGGACGCGUUGAUGCUCAGCCAUGAAUCCCUGGCCACCUCCCAUCAUGGGGUUGACGGCGUCGAAGGCAUCGACGAUACCGCCUCCGCCGCCGACUCCCUUGACGACCAGCUGCUGGAGGCCAGCCAAGAGCAGUAUCUGCUGUACCGCGAUCAGCUGGCCCUGACGGAACGCCAUCUUGCCACCCUCAUCGAUGACGCCGAUGCUACGCUUACGCUUCUGACGUCUCUGUCCACCUCCUUUCGGGCGGUGGAAUCGCAGACGACUUCGUUCCAGGCGACAUGCGAAGAACACCUCACCGAGCAAAGGCGGCUGGAGAUGCUUGCAAACCAAGUUGGAACCGAUCUGCACUACUAUGCCUACCUUGAUUCUGCCUCCAGGCGACUCAACGCUCCCGGAGCCAGCCGCCUAAUCGACGACACAGCUUUCGGCGAGAUGGUGGAGAACCUAGACUCUUGCGUUCGGUUCAUGAACACGCACGAGAUGUAUCGCGAACGCGACUCCUACCUGGCCCGCUACAACGCCCUCCUCACCAAGGCCCUGCAUCUUUUGGACCACGGGUUCACGGGUCGAUUGGAGAAGGUAUCUCCGGAAAUAGCUCGUCAAAUCGCCGCCACAAAAUCCGAAUCUGCUCGCCUCGCCUUGGCCUUUGGCCGUUUCGGGGAGAUACUUCUGGACUCGUAUUCGCUGUUGCCGAACGUCCAGAUUGUCGUGCGACGCGCCUACGACGAGCACGGCACGCCGGUCGAGUCUGAUUCCGACACUGGCGUGUACGUCAACACAGCCGCCAACAUGUUUCGCACCUAUCUCACGACUAGAGAUCGGGACCUCAAAGCUCUGACGCAACGUGAUUCGGACGAGUUUCAGAAGGAAGCGAAGGAGGUGGCGGUGGAAACGGCAUGUCGAAACUAUGUCAAGCAGUCGUUCGAAAAGGUGUACAACGAGAACGGCCUGUUCUUCAAGGUGUUCAAUAUCGAGCUGAUGUGGAGUGCGGCCCCCGAGUCGGCUUUCCAGACCAUUGCAGCCAUCCACACCUCCAUGGUGCAUCCCGGACAUUUGGCGCCGCUAGCCAGCAGCCUGCAGAGCGUGCUGCAGCCCGUCGAGCUUCAGACGGUCUGCAACAUUGUCGGCUGGCUUGCGAGCGAAUACUCGGUCGCGGAGAGCGACGAGGAGGACUCAUAUUCGUCGAGGAAGCACCGAGAGUAUGCGGCUCGCCUUCUCGUCGACCACCUGUGGCCCUUUGCCGACGGCAAGUUUACGACGGAAGUCACAAAGUCCAUUUCGAAAGCGCCGAUGCAAGACAGCGCGUUGAAGAUUGGUCCCGUUGAAAAUGGCGUGGCCUCUUCGAACGCGUAUCCCCUCGUCAAACGAGCGCUAGAGUUGCUGGCCAUGUUUGACCAUGCGAUGCCCAAGGAACGAUCGACGAUGAACAGUACCGUCGUUUUCACCAUUGUGCGGGAAACAAUUCACGUACUCCAGCGAGCCGAGUCCAAGAUCAAGUCUCAGAAAAUGGGAACCGACCCAGACUUGUUCAUGGUCAAGAACCUGCUCAUCAUCAAGAACGAGCUUGUUUCGCUCGAGAUUGGCGACAUCAGAAACAACCCACCCUCGAUGCAGCAUUUCGGCCAGAUCUGGGACAAGAUCAACCCGCAACACUUGGUGGGUUUCGUCAGUCACAUCAUCGGCGGAUCCCUCUGGUCUCGUGGCAGCACGCCGGCAGUAACGGCCAAGUCGUUGACGGCAGAGGACAUGAACGAGCAGUUGGAUGAACUGCUGCGGCAAUCCAUCUACGCAUUCACGGAGCGUUGGGGCACGCUCAUCAACGAUUCGCAGAAUCGCAAGGUCGGAGUGAAACCAAUUGCCAAGGUCGAGGCCGAACUCGAGGGCAUGCUGCACAACGUCUUUAGCAACCAACCGGAAGUCAUCUCGAAGCUAAAGGAGGCCAUCCAGCUCCAUGUGCAGGCGCAAAACGAAGCCAAGGAUAAGAAACGCGGAGCGAAACGAUACUGA